CGGAAAGAAGAUCAAAAUACCCAGUCAAAUAGGUCGAAGUUUGCUUUGUUACUAUUGCCAUUCUUCUGCGUCAUGUCUACAUUCCGCUGACAUGUUUACAAAUUCGAGGCUUCUCUAGGGCGUUAGGUUUUUAGAAGGGAAACCCCAAAACAGAAGGAUCUAAUUCUUCUGGAUCAAACUUCCACAGUUUGAACCUGUCAAUAAAUAAACAGGGGAGACGGAAAUUACUAAAUUGGCAAUUCCGAGCAAAGGUCGUUGAAUUGUUGUGAGGGAUGUGUGUAAGAAAAGUGUUGUGAUGGACUUGGUCAGAUUGAGAUUAAGCCAGGAAGGGCGGGGUGUGAAAUGCUUAUAAUGUGAGCAAGGGCGGCGGAGUACAAUGUUAGAAAUCAUUGGCAGCUCUAGCCGGUUGUGUUCAUGUUGGAGAAAGAGAAAAAGGGACUUGCCCUUGAUGCCCCCUACCACUUCUACACAAUACCCAUUUCGCCUCAAUUCGCCUCUGCCAUCAUGGCCUCCUGGCUCAGGGUUUGCAACAGGAAAGAUAUGUUUGGGGGAAAUUGAAGUAUUUCAGGUGUCCACACUGGAGAAAAUAUGGAGCUGCAAUGAAGGAGGAAAAGACAAUCAGGGAGCUAGUUUCUAUAAGCCUGUUGAAAUACCAACAGGAUUCUUUAGCCUUGGCCAUUAUGGGCAGCCUAAUUCUUCACCCCUACAAGGUUGGGUUCUUGUUGCUAAGGAGAGGACUGAUUCUGGCAAACUGGUGUGUGAAUGUAAGAAACAAAAGAUUGCAUCAGAGGCUCCUACUACUAGUCUAUUGUCGACCCAGGAAUGUCAGAAAACUUGCUGUACAAGAAGAUUACAUCCAGCUCUGGCUAAACCACUGAACUAUACUUUGGUCUGGAGCAGUGUAGCUUGGCCUGGAAGACAGGAUGGACAUGCUUACUUCUGGUUACCUUACCCAUCUGAUGGGUACAAGGCCAUGGGUAUUGUGGUUACGGAUACUCUCAAUAAACCAUCUGUGGAGGAUGUGAGAUGUGUUCGUUCAGAUCUUACAGAAUCAUGUCAAAAUAAUGGUCUUAUUUGGAACACAGAAACAAAUUUUCCUAAAUUCCCUUUCCGGGUUUGGACUAUGAGACCAAACCACCGGGGAAUGGAAGGUCGUGGUGUGUCAACAGGGGCAUUCUAUUGUAGUAAUUCCUGGAUAACUGAGAACUGUGUUCCUGUUGCAUGUCUGAAGAAUGUUGAUUUCAUCCUCAAUGCAAUGCCAAAUCUAAACCAGAUACACGCUUUAGUGAGUCAUUAUGGGCCAACUGUUUUUUUUCAUCCAGAUGAGAUCUACUUACCUUCAUCUGUAUCAUGGCUUUUUGAAAAUGGGGUUCUACUGUGCAAAAGAGGUGUAAAAAUUCCUGAAUUCAUCAUGGUUGAUGGUUCAAACCUACCUCCAGGGGGUUCAAAUGAUGGGAAAUACUGGUUAGAUUUGCCAAAGGGUUGUCAAUCAAAGGAAGUCAAAUUGGGAAAGCUGGAAACUGCAGAGGUCUAUGUGCAUGUUAAACCUGCACUUGGGGGGACGUUCACUGAUAUAGCAAUGUGGGUUUUUUGUCCAUUCAAUGGACCGGCCACUGCAAAGGUUGGGAUGCUGAAUCUACCUCUUGGUAGAAUUGGAGAGCAUGUUUGUGAUUGGGAGCAUUUCACUCUUCGAAUUAGCAACUUCACUGGGGAAUUAUGGAGAAUCUAUUUCUCACAGCACAGCAGUGGUAAUUGGGUCAAUGCCUCAGAUUUGGAAUACGUUGCAGGUAACAAGGCGGUAGUCUAUUCUUCCAAAAGUGGGCAUGCAUGCUUUCCUCGUGCAGGAAACUUCCUUCAAGGUGACCAAAAAUUGGGAAUAGGUAUAAGGAAUGAUGCAGCCAGAAGUAGAUUUUCUCUGGAUACAAGCAAAAAAUACCAAAUAGUUGCUGCUGAAUAUUUGUCGAUGCUUGGAGCAAAUGACACUCCCUCAGAGCCACACUGGUUGCAUUAUAUGAGAGAAUGGGGUCCAACUAUCACAUACGAUUCACGAGCCUACCUUGAGAAGAUACUCAAAAUGCUUCCUCGUCAACUGAGGUCCAAAGUAGAGUUUAUUUUUAACAAAUUACCUAAUGAGCUUUUAGCUGAGGAGGGGCCAACUGGACCUAAAGAAAAGGAUAAUUGGGUGGGGGAUGAAAGGGAUUGACCCACGACUUCUCCUCGAGAAUUAGCAUCUCUGUCACAACAACAAUUCUCCUCUCGCUCUAAAUACUUAUGCACGACCUCCUUAUUUGGAGUUGCUAA